AUGCCUAAAAUUGAUGAAGAAUGUGGCUUGCUCAUUGGAGAUUGCACCGUUAUAUGCUGUUGUUGCCCGUGCAUGCUCGUGCAAAUUACAGUGUUUGUUGUGUUCCGGUUACCAAAGAAAUUAAUAAAGAAGAUGAAGGGAAUUAUUUUGGAGAAAAAACGUCGAAGGAAAAUGGAAAAAGGAGAGGUUGAAGGAGAAUGUGUCGUUGUUCUUGAAGGAAGGAGUUGUGUUGUUGAGACAAGUUUUAGGAUAGAGGAUGAGAAGGUGUGGGAGGAGUUGCUAGGCCAAGGCUUGUUUUGGUUUGGGAGCUUUUGGGGAGGAGAGGAUAGGCAAUGUUGAUGUGCGUAGCAGAUCUAGUAUUAUUAUGUGAGAAGUGAUAUAUCAUGAUAUGAUCAGUAUUUGUUUUAUUGUGUAUCAGUACUUUAUCGGUAAAAUUUCACAAAGUCUGUGCCUUCGGUUAACCCCGACAAAGUUCGAAAAUUUCAGCUCCCCUUGUAAUUUUGGGAAAUCGAAUCACACGUGUGCAACCCGUGCAGGAGAGAAAUCACACCCUUGCUUGGAGACAAGCACAAGGGCUCGGAUUUGGCUAUGUUCCAUGUAGCAACAUCUACAAAGUCAUGCAAUUUUUCUACCCAUUGUACAAUAUUCUAGUGCAAACCUAUUAUCUCAGGAUUAGAGGUCUUUACCCUUGGAGUGGGCUCUUGUUGGAGAGCCUGGAAUGAUCGCCCUCCACACCCGAUCCAUAUUUCUUCGGGCCAAUAUCCACAGGUGAGCACCAUCUAUUUCAAGAUCUUUGAGCAUCUCAACAGGCGUUCUGACAAAUUCAUCCUCUCAUUCUGUCUAAAACAAGAAAAUUGUAUGGUGAUACCUCUCCCCAGCCCUCUCAGGACUAUAAGAAGAUCGACAGAUU